CCUUGUCCUGACCAGCGCCGGCAGACACGCCGAGCAGCCUCCUCCUGCCCAGCGGCUAGCGCUGUGUCUGCCCGCCCCUGCCGCCCUCCAGGCUCUGCGCGAGGAGGGCGUGGAGGGACAGAGCGUGCGGCCCGAGCCUCCCGGCGGCGGGGCCCGUCUCCCGGAGCAGCGCCGCACCGACCGCGCCGAGCGCCCCGAGCCUCCGGACAAUGGGGCCGCGGUGGCUGCUGCUCGUCGCCGCGGGGCUCAGUCUAUGCGGCCCCUUGCUGUCGGCCCGCGCCCGAGGCCCCAAACCAGAGUCAGAAGCAACAAAUGAUACUCUGGGUCCCCGGACAUUUUUUCUGAGGAAUCCCAAUGAUAUAUUUGAACCAAUCCCACUGAAGGAGGAUGAGGACCAAAAUGAAAGUGAAUUCACAGAAGACAGAUUAAGCUCCGGCAAUAGAAGCAGUCCUCCUCAAAAAUUACCCACCGUGUUCAUCUCAAAAGAUGCCUCAGCAUAUCUGACCGGCACCUGGUUGACUGUCUUUAUCCCCUCCGUCUACACCGGUGUGUUCCUCGUAAGCCUUCCUCUAAACAUCAUGGCCAUCAUCGUGUUCGUCUUGAAGAUGAAGAUCAAGAAGCCCGCUGUGGUGUACAUGCUGCACCUGGCCAUGGCAGACGUGCUCUUUGUGUCUGUGCUCCCAUUUAAGAUCAGCUACUACUUCUCCGGAAGUGACUGGAGAUUUGGGUCUGCCAUGUGCCGCUUCAUCACCGCUGCAUUCUACUGUAACAUGUAUGCCUCUAUCAUGCUCAUGACGGUCAUCAGCAUUGACCGGUUCCUGGCUGUGGUGUACCCCAUGCAGUCGCUCUCCUGGCGUACUCUGGGGAGGGCUUCCUUUACCUGUCUGGCCAUCUGGGCUAUGGCCAUCGCGGGGGUGAUACCUCUGCUCCUCAAGGAGCAGGCCACCCAGGUCCCGGGGCUCAACAUAACCACCUGUCACGAUGUGCUCAACCAAACGCUGCUCGAAGGCUACUACUCCUAUUACUUCUCCGCCUUCUCUGCAGUCUUCUUUUUUGUGCCGUUGAUCAUUUCCACAGUCUGUUACGUGUCUAUCAUCCGAUCUCUUAGCUCUUCUGCGGUUGCCAACCAGAGCAAGAAGUCCCGGGCUUUGUUCUUGUCAGCUGUUGUUUUCUGCAUCUUUGUCCUUUGCUUUGGACCCACAAACGUCCUGCUGAUUCUACAUUACGCAUUCCUUUCCCAUAAUUCCAUGCCAGAGGCUGCCUACUUUGCCUACCUCCUGUGUGUCUGUGUCAGCAGCAUAAGCUGUUGCAUUGACCCCUUGAUUUACUACUAUGCUUCCUCUGAGUGCCAGAGGUACCUCUACAGUAUCUUAUGCUGCAAAGAAAGUGCAGAUCCCAGCAGUUAUAACAGCAGCGGUCAGUUGAUGGCAAGUAAAAUGGACACCUGCUCUAGUAACCUGAAUAGCAGCGUAUACAAAAAGCUGUUAACUUAGGAAAAGGGACCGACAGUGAGUUAAAAAGAAAAUGUUAAAAAAGCAAAUAACCUGAGGAUUCUACUUAGUCCCUGACAAAAAAGUAUUUACCUUACCAUCUACAACAACAAAUAUAUGAUUUACAUGCCUCCUUAUGAGAGCCAUUAAGGUACGUAAUAUGAUCGCCAAUCUGACUAUGUAUCAACAUGAAAACAAAGUUUUACAUAAAAGAGAUUGAAAAAAAUAAACCAAAAUGUCAACUAAGGAUAAAAUAAUAUUAAGUCCUUCAGUCUGUCUUAAUUGGACCCUAUUUACAAAUGUUUUGUUCAAUAAAUUACUCAAAUCAGAUUUUUUUAACAUUAAUUAUGUCAGUCGGAUUAGAAAUGGCAGAAGAAAAUGGAAUUGACUUUGAAAUCCAGGAAAAUUAUUCUCUAUUUUCCAUUCACUUUUCUUAAGAGUUAAUGAGAUGAUUUUACAAGCUAUGAUGAGUAUCAAGUACAGAAUAUCCUCAUGUAUUUGAGAAAAUAAUUUGAAAAUUAGAUUGAAUUAUAUCUUUUUUUCCUUAUGAAAAAAUGUUGGCAUUUUAAACAAACAAAAAGAGUAGAAAGUUGUAAGGCAAGUGCUUACCUAUUUAAAAGAGCAAAUUGUUUCCAAAUGCCAUAGAAUGAUUUACAUAAAAGUAUGUCUUGUAAGUAGAAGCUAACAUUGUUUUUAUUAAUUUAGUUACGAUAUUCAUUUUAUCCAACUUAGUGGAGAUAUACUGUCAUUGUUCAUUCAUUCUGUUUAUAUUAAAAUACCUCUGACUUAAUAA